AUGGGAUUGGCUAUGCGAGUUCUUGACCGAAACGUCUGGAACUCCACAAAGGCAUUUGCAGAGGCCCUCAAUAUUUGGGAUGAUCAGUCCAGCGAGAGGCUCACAACUUGUGGAGGCGGCAGCACAAGGAAUGGGAGGCGGACUACAUCAGACGCAGUUGGAGCGGCAGAAGCAAGCCCAAAAGGAUGGCAAGUCUGUACCAGAGGUGUACCACCUGGUCCACCGGAAAUGCGCAAAGGAACGGAACCGGUUGUUGUUCCACAAAUUGUCGGCGAUUCGCAUGUUCUUGAGCAGUGGAUACAUCCCGACGAAGCCGACGAAGUGGAGGCUAACUUUGCGGAUGCAAAUGAGAAGACGCCCAUAGUGGCCGUGGCCACCUCCGAGAUGAAAUCAGAUCUGAGGAGUCCGACUCCAUGCAGGUCGAAGUUCUUUGAGAGCUUCGGUCGCUCUCGUGCACUUCGUAGAAAGUGCCUGUACAGGCGGGCGCAACGGUUUUCACAAGGCCGCCAAGAAAGUCAGGAGGCCCCUUCUCCGACUUUUCCUUCACUCGCACUUGGCGACAAAAAGACAGAUGCAGUCAUUUUGCCGACAAUUCCUCCAGCAUCCGAGCAAUGA